UAACAGGAAUGCGAUGUUAUUAUUGUAUGGAGAAUUGUGAGAGUGAAGUUGGUGAAUUCUUUUUUAGUUUUGGUUUUAGUCUAAGCGAUUAUUUGGUGAUGCCAACAACUGAUCACUUGAAAUCGUUGAAUCGUUGAGAAUGUCCAUUAAAGCAGUGUUGUUUGUCUUGACAGUGACUGGAAUAUAUCAAUCAUACGCUAGAGAAAUUCCAGUAUUUCACGAAAUAAAUGUUAAUGAAGGAUUCCCUCCAUCCGUAGGUACACAUGGAUGCAUCAUAAACAUCAAUCAGCACUUAGGUAAUCCGCAACCACUCCUCAUAGUUCCAAACACAAGAAAAUUUUCCCAACCUCAAAACAAGGAUGGGGAAAUAAUUUUAGAGCCAAAUGAGCAAUUGGAAUUGUUCUGUUCAAAAACGUUUCUAUUUCCAACGUCUACAUCCAAUACCGUGAUCGUUUCCUGCUUAGAAAACGACACUGUACUACAUAACAAAGUACCAAUCGACUUCAAGUCCAUCAAGUGCAGUUCACAUGCCUAUCAUACCACUCGCCAAACCUAUCGAUUCUGUUACGAUAAUUCGGAUCUCAUUCAAAUUGGAUUCAACGUAACGAAUGAUCGAUUUCUGGAUAUAAUCGAUGUUUGUUACAAUCACACCCACGAAACCACAUUGUAUACCCAUCACAUUCAGAUGCCGCAAAAUAUUGGCUUUCAGCGAUCAGUACCACGUCCGCAUUUUAUUCGUGGUCAGUUCUUUAAGCAAGCGCCUAACAUCAACAAACUGUUCAACAGAAAUAAACAGAAAACGGUCUUCGAACAGACAUUGGGCCACAGCAACAUUUCAUCCCAUUUCGCCGACGACAAAAAAUCACUUUUCCUUGUCAGAGGUCAUCUAACUCCAAAGGUUGAUUUCCUAUUCGGAUCCCAACAGCGUGCAACAUUUUGGCUAAUAAAUUCAGCGCCCCAAUGGCAAUCAUUUAAUUCGGGCAAUUGGGAACGAAUCGAACAAGGCGUCCGGCAAUUGAUUGCCGACCGGAAUAUUGUAGCGAAUAUUUACACCGGAACUUAUGGCAUUCUAUCGUAUCACGAUGCGAUCGGACAACCAAAACCGAUAUAUCUGUCGAAUAAGUUCAAUGACAGUGGUGUCGUUCCGGUGCCAAAAUUAUUUUACAAAGUUGUGUUGACUGUUGAUUCUACUUUGGGAGUGGCUGUAAUCGGAGUCAAUAACCCCUUUGCCACUAUCGAAGAAAUUGAGAGCGAGUAUGUGAUUUGUGAGGAUGUCGCUGAUGAAUUGUUGUGGUUUAAGUGGGACAGAAAGAAUAUCGUGAAGGGAUACACUUAUGCCUGUGAAGUGGAUGAAUUUGCUAAAGUUGUGAAACAUUUGCCCAUAAAUGGUACCGAUCAUGUCACUUUGCUGGUCUAAAUGAAACGACUGACAACGGGUUCUCUUGUAUAAUGUUAUUUAUUAUUUUUGUAUUUUAUUGGUUGUUCUGUUCAUGUUCAUCAUUUUAUUAAUUUUCCUUUUUUUUGUAUAAAAUAAAUUAAAGCGGCGGCAAAACUUUCCCUUUUUUAACUAAAAAUUCUACUUCGUUAUGUUAGAAAAUUGUACAAAUAUUUCAUAAGAAAAACCCAGAAACAAAGGCGGAAAAUUUUAUUUUGGUUAUUUUCGCUCAAAAACCUAACUCUGCAACUGUGUGUUCUGCACUAAUUUAUUUUUGUAAAAA